CCGGCCCGGGGGCGGAGCGCGGCCGCCGCGGCCCUGGCGACGGUGACGGCGGCGGUUCGGCGGCGCCGCCAUGAGGCUGACGCGGGCGGCCGUGCUGGGCCGCGCCAAGGCCGCCGCCCUCGAUGGCGUCCGCCGCCUCAACUGCUGGGGCAGCCGCCUCACAGACAUAUCGAUAUGCCGGGAUUUGCCCAACAUCGAGGUGAUCACAUUCAGUGUGAAUGGCAUCUCGGACCUCGAGCCAUUGAAUCAGUGCCAGAAUCUGAGCGAACUCUAUCUGAGGAAGAACAACAUUGCAAGCCUAAAUGAGCUCUUCUAUCUCAAAAACCUGCCCCGGCUGAGGGUCCUGUGGCUGUCAGAAAAUCCCUGUUGUGGGCCAGACCCCCACCGUUACAGAAUGACUGUGCUGCGUAACCUACCCCACCUACAGAAGCUUGAUAAUCAAGCUGUGACAGAGGAAGAACUGUCCCAGGCCCUGGUUGAUGGUGAAGAGAUAACGACCCCGCCAGCCAGGAAGAACGUGGAGAACGGCUGCCCCGAGUCCAGUGAAUCCAGUGCUGCUGAAUCCACAACAGAGACUGAGAGUGAGCUGCUGAACUUCAGUCUGGAGGAGACAAACAAAAUUCGAGAGCAGCUCGGUAUGAAGCCUGUUCCCAGGGAUAAAUUUUCCUCCUUUUCACCACGAGAGACGGACUGCAGCAGAAAGAAGAGAAAUAACGUCCUGAAUGCCAUCCUGCUUCUCAUGAAGGAACUGGACUCCGAGGGGCUGGAGAUCGUCCAGGAAACAGCGGGGAGGAGGCUCCAGGCCUUUCGGAAGAAGGAGCUGCAGGAGGAGUGAUAGUGCUCAUUACAAAUCUCCCCAGAGCACUUUGCGGGCUGGGGAACCAGCUCCUGACCAGCAGCACCAUUCUGCCCACACAUUUCAGGCUACAGCCAAAACCUCAGCGUGUCCUGCUGUGCUUUCCCUGCGGGCAGGCUGUGACAGGAUGCUGUGAAAGCAGUUGCACCUUUAGCUCCUGCCGUUGCGCUUGGCUGUACAUACCAUGGUGGGGCUGGCAGCACCUGAUCUGACUCAUGAGAGCUUUCCUGCAUGCACAGCAGGCUCCUUACAUUUGUAUCUCUCGUGGCUGGGGUCAUUUGAUCAGAGCUGCAGGGGAAUCAGCACGCAAAAACUAGGAGGGGUGCAGUGAGAGGUGCUAGUGCCUGCUGCUGUGCUAGCAAAGGGGGAUAGCAAAGCCUGCUGAUGGCGAGAAAGGUCACUCACUGCUUGUUCUCUGUUGAACUUAAGCUGGGCCUGACAUGGUACCAGCCUCUUUUUGUGAAGACUUUGAAGGCAGCUCCUACCACAAAGACUUGGUUUUAUGAAACUUGUCAAAAGGGAGACUGCCUCAAAUAAUGACUGAGAACUGUCUUUGGGGCAGUUUGUGAAGCUCAGUGUCAAAUUCUUAGUUUAUCUUAAACUCUUAACUCCUUUUGGUCCUUGUUAGCAUAUGCAGCAUCUGACUUGGUGAUGAGAUGGCCUAAAGAAAAGCUUGGUGCAACUUAGCUGAAACAGAACUUUCUCUCUCCCAUGUGCUGAAUGCUCAGGUCUGCUUUAUCCCCCACAUGCCCUGCAGGGUUUAGAGCAGCUGAAGGAAACUUAAGUUUGGAUUAAAAACCACGUGUGCAUUUUGCAGUUGAGGAGAAAACAAGACAAGCGUUCCUGGCCAGUUUGCACAGGUAUCAAGAGCAGGAUUUCUCUUCAGCUGAAGAAGCUGAAUUUACUAAAACUGUACAGAGUUGUUAAAUACUAAAUUAAACAUUGUAACAUAUAUGCCAAAUAAAAAUAAUUUUCUCUCUA